CUGAGGACAGUUUUCCAGUUGAUAUCUGAAACGUGCUUAUGCGGUAACUGAUGUGCAGAUUUUUUGGCGCGUAUGACAUGUAAGCUAUUUUACCGCAAUGUUGAGUCCUAAAAUGCAAAGAACCAUUCGAGUGAAUGAGAGCCAACUCAUUAUGCUGUCUGAAAGAGCUCACUACGAUUAUUCUCAAGCUGGCUAUCUCCACAAACGAUCUGGUGAUAGCAACAAAUGGCAGAUGAGAUGGUUUGUUCUAUAUCAAAAUCUCCUCUUUUAUUACGAUUCAGAACAUUGCCAUCGUCCUUCGGGUAUUUUGAUAUUGGAGGGAUGUUACUGCGAGAGGUUAAUUACAACGGGAAGUGCGUCGAAGUCUAAAGAUGGUUCAGACAGACAGUUUUGCUUUGCAAUAUCAUACAGGCGAGAAAAUAUUCGGCAAUAUGAAUUACGAGCUCUUAAUGAAAUGGAUUGUAAGAACUGGAUAGAAGCUAUAAGAGAAGCUAGUUUCAAUAAGCUAUUACUUCAAAAGGAAGAGCUAGAACAAAAACAUUUACAUUUGUUGCAAAUCGUAGAAUCUGAAAAAACAGCAAAAUGGCAAUAUACUUUGCAAUGUGAAGAGUUGGCAACGGAAAUUAAAAAGCUAAGAGCUGAAUUAUUUGCUUUAAAGAAGGAAUGGAAACCUUUGCCACAUCACCAAUCAAGUGGCAACAUUUUAUCGAAUCAACGAUCGAAUAGUUCUGAAGUUAGUGACCAUUUCGCAAACUUAGAUCAGGAUUCAAUAGAACUACGAAAAAUAAAAAAAGUUCAAAGCUUUUUUCGCGGCUGGCUUUGUCGAAGAAGAUGGAAACAAAUAGUAGAACAAUACAUAAAAAGUCCUCAUGCUGAAAGCAUGCGAAAAAGAAAUAGUUUAGUUUUCCGUAUGGUGGAAGAUGAGGAGGAAUAUAUGGAACAAAUGGAAGUGCUGGUCACUUGUUUUUUAAGACCUUUCAAAAUGGCUGCUUCAUCGAAAAAGCCACCCUGUUCACAUGAAGACAUUAGUUCCAUUUUCUUGAACAGCGAGACUGUUUUGUUUCUACAUCAAAUUUUUUUAAAAGGUUUGACUUCAAGACUGGAAAGUUGGCCUACUCUGGUUUUGGGAGAUUUAUUUUCAAUGUUACUUCCAAUGUUGAGCAUAUAUCAAGAGUAUGUAAGGAAUCAUCAUUAUUCUCUUCAAGUUUUAACUGAGUGUAAACAGUCGAUACAAUUUUCCGCUUUACUAAAAAGGCUUGAGAAUAAACCAGCUUGUAGAGGAAGAUCUUUGGAGACAUUUUUAACGUAUCCUAUGCAUCAGGUUCCAAGAUAUAUAAUAACUCUUCACGAAUUGUUAGCACAUACUCCAUAUGAUCAUGUGGAACGUAAAAGUUUAGAGAAUGCUAGACAACAACUUGAAGAUUUAUCCAGGCAAAUGCAUGACGAGGUAUCUGAAACAGAAAAUUUACGCAAAAACUUAGCUGUUGAAAGGAUGAUUGUUGAAGGUUGUGAUAUACUUCUAGACGUGAACCAGGUUUUUGUACGACAGGGAUCUCUUAUACAACUUCCUAAUGAGAAACCAAAAUCUCAAAGAAGUAAACUUCCAUUUAAAACCGAAAAGGAAAUAGUUCGCCAAUGUUUCUUAUUUUCAAAUCAUCUUAUUAUUGCUUCAAGAACAUCAAGUGGAAAAUUACAUUUAAUACCCGACGUAGGUAAAAUACCCUUGGCUGAUGCACUUUUAAUAGAGGAUCCGUAUGAUAAUACGGACGACGACGAAUCUUCUGUAUGUUCAGUGUCUAGUCAAUCUACCAUCAGUGAAUCAUCAGUUGGAGGAUCAGGAUACAACAAUAGGGAUUUCAAAAUAAUUGUAGAAACGAAAAAUAUUGCACAACCCAGCCAGCUUUCUGUUCAUCUUCUGGCAUCGUCAAUACAAGAAAAAACAGCAUGGAUCUCGGAUAUAGUGCAGUGCUUGGAUAAUGUCCAAUUUAACGACAUGAUGAGACCAGCAAUGCCCGAUAGCAGCUCAAUAAGUCUCCCCCAGUCACUUAAAAAUGAUCCAAAAUUAUUUAGAGAUGAAGCUGAUAUACGGUUUAGUCGUACUCUAAAUUCAUGUAAAGUACCUCAAAUCCGAUAUGCCACACCCGAACGGUUACUUCAAAGAUUAACAGACUUACGAUUCCUAUCAAUUGAUUUCCUCAACACCUUUCUGCUCACAUAUAGAGUAUUUACUGAUGGAGUAAGUGUUUUGGAAGCGCUGAAAAAAGUAUUUUAUAGUAUUGAUCAGGAUCCCCCAGAAAUAAAUAUGACCUUUGAAGGAUUGCAGAACAAAGAUGAAAAUACUUCACAGCUAUUCGAUGACAGAAGAAGGAGCAGCUUUUCGCCUAGAAGAACAAGUGGAGCCAGCUCAGUUUCUGGAUAUGGUUCUGAUAUGAGUGACAGAGAUAGAUCUCAUAGUUACGAUUCACAAGGUCAUAGGGUUUGGAAAGCAACUUUGGAAAUGUAUGAAGAAGAAGGACAAGAGCCUGAGAAACUGAAAAUUACAAAAUAUAGUCCGACCAAAACUGGUGACACUCUUGCUCCACCAGGAACAAAGCCAGUUUCCAUUAAAGUAGACACUGCUAAUGAUAAUGAAACGAACCAAUUAUUAACUAUCCCAAAUGUAGCAACUUCCAGUAGCAGUGAAACCUUAACUGAUGUAAAUGUUGUAAGUGCUCAAUAUUCUCCAAGUAACCUAAGCUCAGUAACAUUAGUUGGUUCUUCCCCAUCAGAUAAUAGUGGCCAAGAAGGUAGUUCUUCCCCAGCAAAAUCCCCUAGCAAACCUUCAUCUACGAAAUCUUCGCCAAAAACAUCCCCAACUAAAGUUAAUAUAUCAAAGCCAGCACCAGCAAUAGCCACAAAAGCAGUAUCUACACCACCGUUAACAAAACCUUCACCCACCAAAUCAGGAAAAACGUUAUCCCCUACAAAAGACCAAGGAACUGGGAAGGCUGAGCAUCAAAAACGACCAUCAAUUACACUGAAACAAGAGGCUACUGAUAAACAUAAAAAUAUCCAGCGAGGUACUUCGGUUGAAUCAGAAGAUCAGUCUGAUGAUAAUUCAUAUUAUACCCAUACUCAUAGAGCGUCAUGUAGUUCUUCUAAAUCUAGUAUUUCAACUUCAACUGGUAUUAUUCAAUCCCUGUUUUACAACUACUACGGAUCCAGGCGUUCAAUACAAGAUAAUGAUGUAUCAACUGCCCGAUCUAGUUUCCAGCAUGAAACUACUUCGAAACCAAGUCGUGCUGGUGUUGUUAUUACUUCAUUUAGACAAUCAAAACGAAGGAGUAGUACAUCUAGUGCUGCAGCUGCAUUUGCAAUUGCAACAUCUGGUUCAAGUAAUCCUCGAGAUAUUUCUCCUGCCAAAGAACAAGAAGAUACUAACGCUGAAAGAGAAAGGCAAAAGGAAUCGGUUAUGUCAACAGCCUGUACAAUGAGAGUGUUGAAUGUAAUGCGGCAUUGGAUUUCAAAACAUGCUCAAGAUUUUGAAAAUGAUUCACGUUUGAAAAAUUUAACAAUCGAAUUUUUAGAAGACAUAAUUUAUAGUCCAAAUUUGCUCCCUGCAGAACAUAAAGCUGCAGCCCAGUUAUUGAGAUUACUUACGAAAGAAGAUCCAGAAAGCAGUAAAAUCGAUAUUCAGAAACUCCUAACUCCAACCGCGGUUCCUAGUAAGGAAUCCAUAGAAACAUUAUCGGCAUUAGAGAUAGCAGAGCAACUCACAGUAAUAGAUCAUAAGAUAUUUAUAAACAUAUCUAGCGAAGAAUUUUUGGGACAAGUAUGGAUGAAAGCAGACAAAGAUAAACGAGCACCCCAUAUUAUUAUGAUGACUAAACGAUUCAACCAUGUUUCUAGAUUAGUUUCAUCAGAAAUUUUAAGACGUAAAUCAAUCACAGCAAGAGUUUCGGCUAUUGAAAAAUGGGCAGCUGUAGCAGAUAUUGCUAGGUGUCUUCAUAAUUUCAAUGGAGUGUUGCAAAUAUGUUCGGCUUUUACUAAUACUUCGAUAUUUAGACUGAAAAAAACGUGGGAAAAAGUCUCAAAAACAACAAAACAUACGAUUGAGAAGUUGCAAAAUGUAGUAUCUUCUGAUGGGAGAUUCAGAGCUCUCCGCGAUGCUUUACAUAGGUGUGAUCCACCAUGCAUACCAUAUUUAGGAAUCUAUUUGACUGAUUUAUCAUUUAUAGAAGAAGGUACACCUAACUUUACAGCUGAAGGUCUUCUGAAUUUUUCUAAAAUGAGAAUGAUUGCUCACGUCAUUCGAGAAAUUCGACAUUUUCAACAAACUCCUUAUAAAAUAGAACUUAUUCAAAGAGUAGCCAAUUAUUUGUUGGACACGACUAUAAUAAUGGACGACGAAGAAUUAUAUAGCACAUCUUUAGAAUUAGAGCCCAGAACUUCUAGACUCGUCUCACAGUCAUCGACAACAACUAUCAAGUAAAAACUAAACAAUAUUUUCUUAUGUCAAAGACAAUCGAAGGUAAUAUGGAUUUAUUAUACUGUUGGUCCCACGGUGUUUGUUGAUGUCGAUUCAAAGGGUGUCUUUUGACAUACUAUUUAUAUUUCCCCUUCACUAGAUAUUUAUGAUAUAGCGGAUUUCUUAUUUAUAUUUGAAAUUCAUAAAAAUAACAUGGUUGAAUUAACGUUUGUAGAUAUAAUAAUAAUUUUCUUCAAUAAUAAUCGAAUAAUAUUAUUCGUCUAUGGUUCCAUUAGGUAAAGGAGUGUUAUUACCUAUCAAUUUUUGCACUAUUCUUGUUUACUUUUAUAUCCAAAAUUUUUCCAGGCUUAUUUCAGCCCUGCCUCCAAUAUUUCCUUGUGAUGUCCAUACUAAUUGAUUCCACUUGCAACUAUUAUUGUAUUAUUUACCACUUCAUUUUCCUCUUUCUUCUUAAAUUCACUUCUUUUGGUUUGAUUUCAAUAUGCAUACGUUCAAAUCCAUCUGUUUCCAACUGCUUUUUAUAUGUUAUAAUAAAUAGUUUACCGCCAAAUAAAUUUUAACUGUUACUAACUACAUAUGAUGCUAUUUUCAUAAAGAUAAUUAAAUUUUUAUCUGCUCUAACUUUCACCUAUGUAAAUAUAGAACAGAAAAAAAAGUUAAUUUCACGUAUUUGCGUAUUUACUAAAAAAACUUUACAAAAAUUAAUCAUUGAGUUCUCAAAAGAUUUUUGACAAAUGUAAGAAAAGCAGUUGCCACUUAUGGUCAUUGUAUUUUAUUUUGUUUAAGAAUACCGAAAUGUUACAAUGUUCUUCUUUCAACUUUGUACUGUGGGCGAUAGAUACACCAGCGUAUUUAUUCCCAAAUUGUAAAAAAACACAUUUUACGCUACGCUUUGAGCAAAUUUUUUUCUCUCAGUCUUGAUGCUAACAAUUCUGAAGUUUCUUUAGAGAUAUUUAAAUCUCUUACAAAAUAAUCUAACUCAUUUUGGGAAAAGCAUUUUGGCUCAAUCGAAAUACUUUCAAAAUCAGCAUCAUUUUGUGAUGAACUUGGUCCAAUGUUUGUUAUGAAGGUUCAGAUAUACUUAUUGUUGAAUUUAGAUAUUGCCAUUAACCUCGAUUUUUAGUGUUUAAAAAGUUUUAGUUCACUCUACAAAAAUAACAAUCUUGGUUCUCCUCAAAUAAUCAGUGUUGUUAAAUAAUAUAUAAUAAAUUAAAUAAACUUAUGACGCAAAAACUUUAUAUACUACAGUAAAAUGCACCUGCUAUCGAUUAAUAUAUACACUUAAAUGAUAAAAAUCAGAAACAAAAAAAACUCGAGCGCUGAAAUAAUUUUGAGAUUUGAUUUGAUUUAACAAAAACAAGUCAUAAGUGAACAUUAUCAACCACACAAUUGCGGCAACAGACAAAAAGUUAAAUGUUGUAAACUAGCGUUAUCUUGUCUUUUAUUGUUUUCUCCCAUAUUUCGUAUCCCAUAGAAACACAAAUGUUCCUUACAAGAAAAUGAAAUGGUUAAUUAGAAAAAAAAAUUCCUUUUUAAUUUUUUUUUGCAAAGAGAAAUAUUGUUUAUGUAAUUUUGAUUCAGUGCGUAAAAAUUAUCGGAGCUUGAAAAUAUUUUUUUGUGUUUAUCAUAUCAAAAAUAACAAGUAUUGUUUCAUCCAUUGGAAUCUAUCGAACACCUUGGGACAUUAAAUCAGUGAAUAUCACAAUCAUAUUGAAAUAAAUAGAAAACUAUGAUAGAUUGUUAUACAAACUAAUUUGUGUUUUCCUAUAUGCUUUACAAGGUUUUUCUAAAAAAUUUAAAUUAGAUAAUUGUUAUUGUUCUUGAAAAAAAAACUUAUUGAAUAUGAGGAAAGAAGUUGUAAAGUGUAAACCACCUAUUUUACAAAAUGAUGCCCAAAUUAAUUCUCACAAUUCACUAAAUCUAUUACUAUACUUGAAACGAUUCAUAAUAAUAUAAAAAUUCUUUGUUCUUGUUACUUAUAAAUGUAUAUUCUACAUUGUACACGUAAAAUCAAAAUAUUACAUUAGGGCAAUUAGGUUAAGAGUCUACUCUUGUAGAAAUAAACAGAUAUGUUCAAAAAGAGGGUUUACACUGUGUGGUAACAGGAAAACACAACAUGCCAAUUAGGAGUACGAAUUUGUUAAUAUGGAUAUAUUAUAACGAAAUUGUUCAUUAUUAGCACAGUAUGUUGAUAUUAUUAAUAUAAAAAAUAAAUCAGCUGCAGCCAGAGCUGUCUUGUUUACAAGAUGUCGCUAAUGUAUUUUAAUUCUUGCUUACGUCAAAAAGCAACAUCUGAAUGUUUAUGAUAAGGAGCCAUAUUACGUACGCAGAACUUUGGUGAUUCUCCAGCUCCCCCUACACUAUAUCUGCACAAUUCUACUCCCAUGAAAUCAGUUAUCAACAAUAACUACUAUAAAACGUAAACUUGACUCCCUCUUCUCAUAAACCUACAGUUUAUUCUCGAUGCAAAAAACAUCAUUUUAAAGCUAAUUUACCUAUUUCUCCACACUAACUUGCAUUUUUUUUAAUUUAUGAAAUAACAUUGAAAGUACUUUGAAUUUAUCUAAUUUAUCUAUUGGAUAUAAGUAAUAACAUAAAAAUCACAAAAUUUCACCAUAUUAAAGACUAUUCGAAAUUUUAUGGCUUCAUGGCCAAUCUAUUGAACCACAAACCAAUCCGCGUCUAUCAUAAUGUGGAGGUACCCUGUUAUGAAGCAAAAUGGUUUUCUAAAAGUUUAUUAUCAUGUUCCAAUACUUCUGUAGCCAAUGAGUCAAUAACAUCCUUAUAACAAAUUUAAAUGAGUAGCUCCAUUGAGAUUUUCUUCAAUAAAUAAUGGUGAAAUUACGUAAUUCCCUAAAAUUCCAACCAAUAAAUUCAUUUCUGAGGUGUGUAUGUAUGUGUCUAAGAACAACGACACUGCAAUUAUUGCAGCUCUGUCUACCAUUCAAUAUAAACGUACAGUUGUCGUAAGAACACUUGUUUAUUGUAUAUGGAUGAGUAGUUUCUUAUUUAAUAGUUCACCAAAUUCUUCACAAAAUUUCUAUAUGAACCAUGUAUUUUCAAUUUAUUAAUGGCUAACAACAAUAAGCAGGUUGAUUUUAUAUUUGUAUAGAAGUAAGUGGAGGUUAUAUCUAACAUUCAAUUUCAUUUCGUGAAAUUUUAAUGUUCAUACUGAUAUCAAACAGAUCAAUUGGAUAAAUCAAUAAUACAAGGUAUCUGUAUUCACAAUGUAAGUUUCUUUUCUAUUCCUAUCAGUGGCAGCGCUGCGGUCGUAAUUCUGAGCAUGCACAGCAAGUUCCUCUGACUCAAGCAAAAGAAAUGUAUGCCAAUGAAAGUUAACCUUAAGCAAACAGAAAAGUUAUUAUGCUGGUUGAUUGCUUGAUACGAAGUCAAACAAUCAAUGUAGAUGUUAAAUGCGAGUCUAUUAAGAAAUAACGCCGCGCAACAUAAAACAAGCACCAAGGAUUACUGUUUAAAGGUGAUGUUUUUUACGAUAAUACCCGACCGCACACUCCGAACUUGAUAAAAAUAUUCCUACUGGAAUUUGGCUGAAAUGUGUUUGAUCAUCCUCUGUACAGCCCGAACCUCGCUCCUAGCGACUUUCAUCUUUUCUUCAUAGAUGUUGUCGAGUUGAAUGGACAUUUUAUGGUUGAAAACACAGGCGGCAACUUUCUGAAGAAUCUAUAUAGAAAUUUAAUUUAACCGUUGUAAAUUUUGGUACAAUGAAUAUUUUGUAAAUGAGUCGGUACACUUUUUUUAUAAAGUCGAACGGGGCUUACAUUUUGUGGAUAUAUCUCGUAUCUUUAUGCUCACUUCAUAAAUUAAAAAAUUAUGUGAAAAAAUCAAUUACCUUUCAAAUGAUGUUUCUAGUUAAGCUAAAUUCCAUUCACUUUUAAGAUUAAUUUAAGCAAAUUAAAUAAGGUCGUUAAAAUGGGCAGACCAGAGUUUAUUGGCUUAACUAUGACUUUUUCAUACAUUGUCUGAAACAAUUUUUUUUUGUAUAUUUCGUAUACCAUGUAAUGGUGUGGCCACAUGUCCGGGCUGUGAGGUUGUAAUACUUGAACUUUUUUGUAAAUCUGGAGAGGUGUGGACGCGCGUUAUUAUGGAGCUGAAUCACUCCGUCAGAAAAUAGUUCAGGCCCUUUGCUCUUGAGGGACUUGCCAUAGGAUACGGAAUGUCUCUCCCUACACAUCACUGUUAAUAGUGUUCCGUACUAAAGGAAUUCGAUGAGUAUCGGAGCUCGGACGUUAAAAAAGACAGUGUAGUGUGUAUUAUUAGACCGGGCACUAAAUUCACGUCUCUACGUUAUCUCUUAUUGUUAAAACGUAUAUUUAAUUUGAACACACCUCACGCCACGAAUUUCAUUCUAUCCAUAUUUGGGUCUGCGACAUCAAAUUAACUGCCCCAUUUUAGUACGAUUUGUAGAUAUCAAUAUAUUGCUGUUAGGCACUAUUGAGCAAGGGAUAACCUGUUCACGUUCAUAUGAACUCAAGAACAUAGAUGUAACAAAAAAUAAGACGUGACAUGUGUUGUAAUACAGUUGUUACCUGUAGUAUAAUGUACGCAUUCUUUUGUUUACAUACAACAGUGAAGUCCAAAUUUUUUCAGUGUAUAAGUAACCGGGAAGAUGAGUGGAUCAAGCAGCUUAUGGGUAUUUGUUUCAUUUCAAAGUAGAAAAUGAUUAUGCAAUAAUAAUAAAUAGAUAAGCUAAUAAGAAGAAAAUAUCGGUUUAAGAUGCCGUUUACUAUCAAACACGACUGUGAGUCACGGUACAGAUUUGACGAAGUGUGUGCCAAGCAGAAUCUACAAGAACGCGCGAGGACAUGAGAUACGGUAUAAUAUCGAGUGAUGUCUUCAAUGUAAAUGGAAAAUAUUCAAUAAAAGUCAUUUCAUACCGACUGAAAAUCGUAACAAUAAUAGUAUUCCACAAAUACAUAGAGUUUUUAUCGUCAGCUACUUCAGUAGUAGUGGAAUGAGAAAUACAUAAUAGCAUGUUUAAAUUUGCAAAAAAAAUUUCGCAACCAGUGUUUUCAUACCGUAUCAAAAUUAGAAUAAUGUUUUUUUUUUAUUUUUGAGGUCAUUUUUAAUUAAAAUGCCAUAAUUGUGCAUGCUUUUAGGUGGAAAGAUCGUCAGUUCAUCUAUCAAAGAGACUAUACAACGCUCUCAGAUGCAUUUAGCGCGCAGCAUGUUUAUACCGCUAACUGACGGUCUUUCCACCGUCAUAAAUAAGACUGACGGUUCUUUUUAUUAUUUCGAAAGUAUGAGGAUUAACCUCUAUCAAUUUUAUACAGUAUAUAAUAACAUAAUAUUUUUACAUUUUCAACAUAGUUCAUUAACGCAACUGACGUUAUAUCACCCUUCUACAUUACGGCUGAUGGUAGCCAAAUUUUUUUUUGACAAUUUUGACUUGCUGUAUAUUUACACACCAGGUGCGGUGAGUGACUCUCAUUAUGUUGAUUAUUGAAUAUUAAUUUACUACUGAAAAAAAAUUGGGUCGGUAUGAGUAUGAGUCAUCGAAAAAAUGUAGCAUUACCGUCCUUACUAUUAGUUCUCACGUGAUAUGACAGUGGUUUGUCUCCAGUUUUGUUACUCGUUUCGGUAUUGUUUAUUUUUUAUUAAUAAUAUCGACGUGAUAAUUUAACAGCAGAUUUAACUUAAUAUUUACUCUUGGACAAAAAUAUUAUCAGACAUUUGCAAAUUAUCUUUAAGUGAAGAAUUUAAGUGUUGAGCUAAACUGAUUGGAAAGUGCUGUCCAUGAAUUGUGUGUACUUUAAUUUAUUUCCCCCAAGACAUCAAAAAUAAGCAAAGUAAAAACAUCACCUUGUCCCUUCCUAAAGUAAUACUUUAAUGGCUUUUAAUUCGACAUGAUCCUGGUGAGAAUUAGGCUACUCGCAUAUGUAAUGCAAAUAUUGAAGGGAAAAUGACGUUAUUCUUGUUUCUAAAUCACACUGUUGAGAUUAUUCCUGCGUGUUCCUGUUUAAAAGUGUGAUCUUCAAAUCGGCCGAACAGGCCUCCAUGGGCUAGAACAUUGAAAAUAUAAUUUAAUUGCUCUAUGGGAAGAAAAUUAUUUAUCGCAAUUAUUUUGUCCCACAAAGGUAGAGUACGAUCUUUUCAACUUGUAAAUUUAAACAUACGAUUGUUCGAUACAUCAGCUUUAUUUUGUGGAAUAGGACGGAAAAGUUUCAAGGGCAAACUAAAAAUGAUUUGAAGUUGAAGAAAUGCUGUUAUAUUUAUAAUUUUUAAAUAUUUUCAGAACGACCAAUUCGUAGAAUUAAAUAGAAUAUUUUUGAAAUUUUUCAGGCUCUAAGACAUUCAGGUGGUUUCAAACUUUUUACGUUAUUUUUGUCACUUAUUUGCUGUUUUAUUUAUCUCUUUUCAACCUGAUUAUUAGUAAACUUCUAUCAAAGCCUGUAACGCAACUUAAAUAUGUACAAUCCGCUGACAGCUCUAUCUGCAGUACGCUCUAUUAUCUAACAGUUGUAAUGAAAAGUGCACAUAUCAAAAAUUUAGAUAAUAAAGUAACGGCGAAUUUUCGGAAAUCAAAACACAAAUAUUUAAUUGAUGUUGUUGCCUUAUUUAUUGUUAAACUAAUGUAGAUUAUACAUAUCAAUAGAAACUACUACUAUUUUCAACAUUAAUAAACUCUCGAGAAA